GCGAAAGGAAGAUGCGUGGAUCAAAUGAACGACUACAUCUUGCGCCUGACGAAAGCCUACUCACCAGGCAACUAUUUCUACGCCAGAUCAUACACAACCAAGGUACUCAGCUGAAAGUCGUGUAUUCACAUUUGGGUGCAUCAUGGGUACCUCUGGCGUCUGGUGUUGGCCGCCGCAUGCCUGCGCCUCUUCACGUGGCGUCUGAGACCGAUGGCUGAUUUGGCCGGUACUGACCACUGCACGCGUACGAGACGGGGCCAUGAGGAGAGAAAGGCGAACAGUCAUAAGGGUAUUGAAGCCCGCCGACUUUACACAUACCCCAAAAUACUCUCAAGGUGGUUUCGCAUGUCUUCGGCCUGGGCGUGCUGAGUGAGCGUUCACAAGAUGACGUCUGUGAAUAGCCCGCGCCACAUGCUCUGUGUUGGAUGCGUGACAGGUUCCAACACGAAUGUGGCCUAGACAGUAGCCGUAAUCUCCCAGCCUCCCUUGGUACAUUGCGGGUUGGUUGAGUUGUUCGAAAGUGUAUGAGAGAGCGUCUCGCUUGACCGAGUUGAGUUGGCGCAGUCAACCUUGCCAUGCGGGUCGAUGGAUAGCAGCGCGUCGUGAUAGGUGAUUGUACCUGCAGCGGCUA